UAGCUAUAUACCAUACCCCAUUAAGACAAAGACAAAACAGGAUUUUUGACUUUUUUUUCAAACAUAUAAGGAAAAACCUGUAUAUUACAUUGACAUAAGUAUCCAGACUUGUUGCUAUGAGACUUGAAAUUGAGCUCAGGUGCCUCCCAUUCUGUCUUGAUCAUCUUGCUUGAUUGGAGUCCACCUGUGGCAAAUCCAAUUGAUUGGAAAGGAUUUAGAAAGCUACACACCUGUCAGGGAGACUGAUCAGAAUUGAAGGAAGGAGCCAAAGACAGGGAGGUGCUUGAAGAAAAACUGGGUCGACGGUUCACCUUUCUACACGACAAUGACCCGACGCAUUCAGCCAAGAUGAAGCUGGACUGGCUUCAGGACAAGUCUGCGACUGUCCAUGAUUGGCCAUCCAAAACCUAGACUUAAAAUCCACAUAAAAAAAAAACAACCUGUGGAGAGACAUGAAGAUGGCAGUUCAGACGCUUCCCAUCCAAUCUGAUGGUGUUUGAGAGGAUCUGCCAGAAAGAACUGAAUAAACUUCCCAAAAAUCCAGGUUCGUGCCUGGCGGCAGUGGAGAAAGCCGUAGCGGAGACGGACGUGGCUGCCGUCCUGCCGCUGGGCCGUCAGCACAGCCUGCUGAACAUCAUCAAUGUGCUGAUCCAGAAACUGGGCCACCUCAUCCACAUCUACCUGCCCAAGGUGCUGCAGAUCCUGCUGUGUGUCACCGCCUCUGUGUCCACCCUCCUGGACAACAGAUUUCUAAUGCAGCGAUACAUCAUAUGGACUAAUCUGGACCUCAGCAUGUGGCAGGUGACAUCAUACGUAUCAAAGUUCAGGCCGUUUUUUUUCCCCCCCGAUUCGGCAGAAUUGUCCGUCUUCUUCUCAAGAUCUCCCAAAAGAAGCAGUGUGCUGGACCGCGUAGUGGCACACAGACUCCCCAGGGCCGGCACAGCCAUGUGGAACUUCCACAGCCGUGCUGUGAACACACAAGGACGCGCUGCUCCAGUGUUUCCCUGCCAUCAGGGAAUGGACCAGUUUGAUCCUGCUACUAUGGGAGAAGCUGGAUCUACUGUAGAGGAUAACCAUUUCUGCUUCUUUCUGGGAUUGAUCUACCUUAUCAUACCUCAUGUGGACAUUUGUCCAGAAGAAAUCAUGCAGCAGUUCACAGACAGUGUGCAAAAUGUGUUAUUCUUCUACUGUUAGCUAUGUUAAUGCCAGAAAUACAUGAAUGAUAUUUCCAUAUAUCUGUGGCUAUACACCAUAGACAACUACAUCAUAUGAUGUUGAAUUGAAAUGUACUCUUUCCUCGUUUAUGUUCCUCUUUUUAAAUAAAUGAUGUCAAUUUGAAGUUGAUUUUUGAAGUUGAUUUAUGGAGAACACAUGUAAAUAGCAAUUGGAAAGCGGGUAGAUUUGAUAAAAUCAUUGAUUUGCGGACACGGGAUGGGAUUAAAUAGGUUUAUACUUCUUCUCAAACCUUUUCGGAUGUGUAAACACAUCGUCAAGUGUUCACAAUUUUCUUUGUUGUAAUUAUUAUUAUUCGUUUAUUG